GGCAGGGCGACCUGAGAGCCGCGGGCCUCGCUGUUGCCCGUUGCCCCAGGGACAUCUGUGGGGCUGACACCCGCCUCUGCGGUUCCCGUCCUUACCGCGUGCCUUCCACGUGUAUGGGUGAAAUGAGAGAAAUCAGCGCUUGGUGUUCCUUUUAACGCACUUGUUUCACGGAGCUUCGGUAGAAUGGGGACAGUUUGAGAAAUGCUGACGUCAUAUGUUGUCUUUUCAGUUCUAAAAUUAAGGUGACACUAAGUUGAAAACCAUACAAGGUGUUGUGACAAGGUACUGCAGUGAUUAUGGCAUGAUUGAUGAUUUGAUCUACUUCUCCAAUGAAGCUGUGACUGGCAAAGUGCUCCUGAAUGUUGGACAGGAAGUUAUUGCAGUUGUGGAAGAGAAUAAAGUGUCUAACGGACUAAAAGCAAUCAGGGUAGAAGCUGUCUCUGAUAAAUGGGAAGACGACAGCAAGAACCACGGUGGCGGGCUGUCAGACUCCAGACCCCGAAUGCUGAUCGGAUGUGUGACUUCCCUAAUGGAAAGUGCCGGCUACAUCAACCAGACCACGUACUUCUCUCUGGAAAGUGUCUGUGAAGGUUUCCAGCCCUGCAAGGGAGACUGGGUGGAGGCCGAGUACUGGAUCCGGCCUGGCACGUGGAGCAGUGAGGCCGUGUCCGUGAAGCCGCUGAGGUACAAGCGCGUGGACAAGGUCUGCAUCUCCAGCCUCUGUGGCAGGAACGGGGUGAUGGACGACAGUAUCUUCUUCUCCUUGGACUCUCUGAAACUGCCAGACGGGUACAUUCCCCGGAGAGGUGACAUCGUCAACGCAGUGGUGGUGGAGAGCAGCCAGUCGUGCUACAUCUGGAGAGCACUUUGUAUAACCCCCGUGAAAAGGCGAGAUGCCACUGCUGUUGGCGAGGCAGCUGAGGAGUCCUACGGAGCCCUUUUGUUGAAGAACAAAGGGGAUGUUGAAGUUACACAGAUGACACAUUUUGGAACAUUAAAGGAAGGAGGAAGUAAAAUUAUGGUGAUCUGGAUUGAGAAUAAAGGAGACAUUCCUCAAAACCUAGUCAGCUGUAAACUGGCUGGCUGGGAUAAGGCCAAACAGUUCAGAUUCCAGGUGCUGGAGGAAGCCCAAGCAUGCCCAGUGGUAUCUUUUGUUUCUGUUCCUGAGAAGGGGAAGAAUUUAUUAGAUGAAAAUAUUAAUUCAUUAAAUAGCUACCGAAAAAACAAAACCUGUCAGACACCAGAGAGCAGUUUGGUGGACAACAGAAACGUCUCCCCAGGUGAUGGUCCCUGUGAAGGAGAAAGUGGAGGCAAAGGAGGCACGCUACUGCGGCAGCAGGUGGCAGAGCCAGGGCCUGGUGUGCUCGUCCCUCCAGGGGGUAAAACCUCUGUGGUGGUUGUAUGUGACGCAAAAAAUUCUGGCCGCUGCAAGGAACUCCUUUUGCUCUGUUUUUCCAAUUUCCUAAUUGGGCGAUACCUUGAAGUAAAUGUUGUAAGUGGUGAGGAGUCACUAAUAGCUGUCCGUGAGCCAUUUUCUUGGAAAAAGCCUAAAAGUUCCCAAGCAUUAUUGGCAUCCACAAAAACUACAGUUGUCGUGACCACACAGAAAAGGAAUUCAAGACGACAACUUCCCAGUUUUCUUCCUCAGUAUCCGAUACCAGAUAGACUUAAAAAAUGUGUGGAACAAAAAAUUGACAUCCUGACUUUUCAGCCAUUACUUGCCGAGCUUUUGAACAUGUCAAAUUACAAGGAGAAGUUUUCGACUUUGCUGUGGCUUGAGGAGAUUCACGCAGAAAUAGAACUGAAAGAGUACAACAUGAGCGGCGUCACCCUGAAGAGGAAUGGGGACUUACUGGUUUUGGAGGUCCCAGGACUGGCUGAAAGCAGGCCUUCUCUGUAUGCAGGUGAUAAACUGAUUCUAAAAACUCAAGAGUACAACGGACAUGUCAUCGAAUACAUCGGCUAUGUGACUGAGAUUCAUGAAGAAGAUGUAACUCUUAAACUUAAUCCAGAAUUUGAGCAAGCAUAUAACUUCGAACCCAUGGAUGUGGAAUUUACAUAUAACAGAACCACGAGUAGACGGUGCCACUUUGCACUGGAACAAGUCAUCCACUUAGGUGCAAAAGUGUUGUUUCCAGAAGAAAUAAUUUUACAGUCUCCCCAGGUGACAAGGAAUUGGAACCAUGCACAAGACACCAGAAAUGGUGGACAGUCCACCUCCAAGAAUAGGAAAACCAUGAAGGACCAAACUAAACACGGAAGGAAGGAGAAGUGUGUUGGUGCCAAGGACCUGCCAGGGGUGGUGGCUUUGGCCACAGAGACAAGCAACUUGGGUGAAAUUCCGACCCCUAAAGCAAGAGAGAAGGAGUUCUUCAACCCAGUGCUGAACGAGAACCAGCAGUUGGCGGUUAGACGGAUUCUGAGUGGCGACUGCCGCCCGCUCCCCUAUGUUCUCUUUGGACCUCCUGGGACGGGAAAGACGGUGACGAUAAUCGAGGCUGUCCUGCAGGUACAUUUUGCUUUGCCAGACAGUCGGAUUUUGGUCUGCGCGCCCUCUAAUAGCGCCGCUGACCUUGUGUGUUUGCGGCUGCAUGAGAGCAAGGUGCUGAGGCCAGCGGCCAUGGUCCGGGUGAAUGCCACCUGCAGGUUUGAGGAGACAAUCAUCGACACCAUCAAACCAUAUUGCAAAGAUGGAGAAGACAUCUGGAAAGCUUCGCGCUUCCGGGUGAUAAUCACAACAUGCAGCAGCGCAGGGCUUUUCUACCAGAUAGGAGUAAGAGUCGGACACUUUACCCACGUGUUUGUGGACGAGGCCGGGCAGGCGAGCGAACCAGAGUGCCUCAUUCCUCUGGGGCUGAUCUCAGACAUCAGCGGCCAGAUUGUGCUUGCCGGAGACCCUAUGCAGCUCGGCCCGGUCAUCAAGUCCAGACUGGCGAUGGCCUACGGGCUGAACGUGUCCAUGCUGGAGAGGCUGAUGGCUCGACCAGUGUAUCUCAGGGACGAAAAUGCUUUUGGUGCUUGUGGCGCAUACAACCCCCUGUUGGUUCCGGGUGCCCAUGGAGAGACUCCUCGGCUACGCCCAGACACAAGAGAAGAGAGAGAGGUCACGAAGCUCGUGAAGAACUACAGAUCCCACGCUGCUCUACUGGCGCUGCCCUCGCGCCUGUUCUAUCACAGGGAGCUCGAAGUGUGUGCGGACCCAGAAGUGGUGACCUCUCUGCUGGGCUGGGAGAAGUUACCUAAGAAAGGCUUCCCUCUCAUCUUCCACGGCGUGAGAGGCAGCGAGGCUCGAGAGGGGAGAAGCCCAUCGUGGUUCAACCCCGCGGAGGCCGUCCAGGCCAUGCGCUACUGCUGCCUGCUGGCGCGGAGCGUCUCCAGCCAGGUGCCUGCCCGCGACAUCGGUGUCAUCACGCCCUACCGAAAGCAGGUAGAGAAAAUCAAAAUUCUUCUGCGAAAUGUCGAUCUGAUGGAUAUAAAGGUUGGAUCAGUAGAGGAGUUUCAAGGGCAGGAACAUUUGGUCAUCAUCAUUUCAACCGUACGGUCAAACGAAGAUAGAUUUGAAGAUGACCGAUAUUUUUUGGGUUUCUUGUCCAACUCAAAAAGAUUUAAUGUUGCAAUCACCAGACCCAAAGCUUUGCUGAUUGUGCUGGGAAACCCUCACGUUCUCGUCCGAGAUCCCUGCUUCGGGGCUCUGCUGGAAUACAGCAUCACCAACGGUGUCUACACGGGCUGCGAUCUGCCUCCCGAACUGCAGUCUCUGCAGAGUGCCACUCUUCCCUGUGCAGCCUAAGGGAGUGACCACGGCGCCUUGCAGAACCCACACUGACAAAGGAGCCCCCUCCCUGGCGGCUUCUCCACCUGCAGCUGUGCCGAGGUGAUGCCCCUGCCCCCGCCCCCGCCAUCCAGCGGCACCAGGAUCCUCAAGGCAGAGAUGUGUCAGGAUCCCGCUUGAUCCACAGUGGCUGCCUUCCAUGACCUCACCUGUAGACCCCUGUCCUCCGCCUGGCCCAGCGCAUGUCACUGUUCCUGUUCCGAGUCCUGUAGCCCGUCCUUGUCUCUCAGCCAGGGCUGCCUGUGUGGGAGGGGCCCCGUGGUCAUUCUGAGCUGCUCCUGCUGCCAUAUUUGGUACAAACUGGCCUGUUCCUGCCACCAGGCAGUCACUGCCACCCUAACCUGAAAUAAAUGCUCGACUAACCCUA